AUGGACGCCCGUGUUCGCGCAUGCGUGCUGUUCGCACUAUGUUUCAACUGGUUCCAAAUAACGGCACCAUAUAACAUCCGGAACCACCCAUGUUGCCUGGACCCCAACGACAAUCUAACGCUAGCGAUGAUCAUCGACGCGUUCGAGAUCUACGGUCACGAUCCGACGGAUAAGCUGGAUAACUUGUGGUUAUACCAAAACGAGAUGUUGAGAGUCAAAACGGCAGAAGACCAGGUUCUCCUCAUAACUCUGGAUGACGUCAUUGACAACAUGUUGACGAUGUACGAAAACCACAAUUCCGUGGCAGCUGAACGCAAGGCUACCUAUACUGGAGGUCCGGUGCCUAUGGAAUUUUAUCUCAGCCAAGUCAUUUUGGAGGGAUGCCUGUUCAUGUACCCACCGAAUUACGGAUCAAUCGCCGGCAAAAGCUACCUGGAUACUGUGGAGUUACACGACGAUCGUUUUACGUGCAACGCCGCAGGAGGCAAUAAGGGCCUCUACUGGUAUCCCCAAUGGAUGGGUGCAAUACCUCAUCAUCCUUACCCGUCACUGGAGGAACAAAAGGAUCCAUUUGAAUCUGGAGGACCGUACUACCCUCACCAAAAAGGUUACGACGCGGAAGACGAUGGCGAUAAGAAAUAA